UAAGCAAUUCAAAGCAAACGAAUCUGUGUCUCCUUUCUCUCAACUCAUACCAUCCAACAAAGGACGAAACUUGACUCAUCAAACCCUCUCUGUCUCGUCUUUUACUAAGUUCCCAUCUACAGCUCAUGGAUGAGUAUCCUUCCCUUCUUUAUCUUUUUUCAUUAUCAUGCCCAAAUAUCCCCAAAUGACCUCCCGAGAAGCUCAGCCAGAACCAGAAAUACCAGUUUCAAUUAUUUUUCAUCGUCAACAACAAGCGUUCAUGUCACUGCUUUGGAUGGUAUCGUGAAUGUCAACUCUCUCUUUACGAUCGCUGUGUUUGUGGGACUUUCAUUGACGACUCCUGGACAACAGAGCCUGGAGGCCUCGUCAGCAUGUGAUGCCGGGAUAGAGAUUGCUAGAAAUAUUCUAGUUUUUGAGGUUGUCUCCUUCAGCUUCUUUCUCUUCUCGUCUUUAGUUGCUCAAGGUUUGAAACUGGCGCUUAACUUGAUUAAUAGUAAGAAUGUGGAUGACGCCUUUAGAGCCCACAUUAAUCUAAAGGUUUUAAGGUUUGGGAUGAUGGCUUCAGCAAUUGGGUCGGUGAUGGGUUGCUUGUUUUUGAUGCUUUCCAUUAUUAAUGUUAUUCAGAUCCGGUUGGGGACAUUGGGUUGUGGGAGUAAAUCUACCCUUCAUGCUAUUUCUACUUUGAUUGUUUUGGUUUCUUCUGCUCUUUGUGUUUAUAUUUCCACUGUUGUUUAUGCUUUUUUGCACUAGAUAUCCAUGGGGAUUUAUGAAAUUCUAGUGUAAACACUAUUAGUUACUCUAGCUGCCUCAAUACAAUUGAAAUCUAGAUGGUCUUUUUACAAAUAAUAUUUUGCUGAUUGUACUCAAAUGCCAUAUCCCUUGUUUUCAUGCUUGGUUAUUCAAUUUGGUUGACGUUUACCUUUAUAAAGUGGACAGAUUUGCUUAAA